CUUUUACAUCUAACGUCGAGUUUAUUCACAAUAAAAUAAUAAAGAACUUUAAAGAUUGACUGAAUAAUAAAUGAGUUAGCAUGAUAGUUAGCCACCAUUAGCGCCAUGCUAACGCUGUGUGGGACGUUUAGUUUUGGGGCGUUGAGAUAUAUAUUUUAAAGAAACGUAAAUUAAAUAUGGCACAUAGUGGAUUAAAGAUUAUAACAUUAGUGUAAAAGUUUAUUAGUUAUUAUUAUUAUUAUUAUUAUUAUUAUUAUUAUUACAAGUAAAUUAAAAUCACUGUAGCCUCGACGACUGUGUUUACUUCCGGUAUCAGUGUGACGUCACUGUCCACGCAGUCAGGUGUUUCAGCACUUCCGGGAGAGUGAAGAUCAGAUCCCAGUGAAGUCUGGAGCUGUGAGAGGUAACACCAGGUGAGAUGUUGAGUCCAGCUGCAGUGUUGAGGAGUCUGAGGAACAUCAGUCUGUUCAGUGACUCCAGGAGGAGGAGGAGGAGGAGGAGUGAAGGAGCAGAGCAGGAGCUCAGAGAGGAGGACUGUCACCUCCGUCACCUCCCUGUGGACGUGCAGCUCCUGCUCCUGACCUUCCUGACCCCGCGGGACCUGUGCAGGCUCGGGGCGACGUGUCACUACUGGAGCUGGAUGGUGCGCGACCCGCUGCUCUGGAGGUACUUUCUGCUCCGGGACGCGGCGCUCUGGAGCUCUGUGGAUCACAUGUCUACCCCGAGACUGCACUACCUCGCCGAGCCCCCAGGGGGAGACAGUGAGGCUGACAGUGAGACGGAGACGGAGCACCUGGACUUUAUGGCAGAAUACCUGCGCUGUUGUCCCGAGUGUCGCUCUCGGCAGUGCUGCACUCCUCCCUUCGCUCUCUCUUCCUUCCUGCACUCCCUGGUGUCGGACACAGAACCCCGGUUCUCCAUGUUCGGCCCUGGACUCGAGCAGCUCGACGUCUCGCUCAUGAACGUCAUGAUGAACUCUCCUCGCGUCCUGAAAGUAGCGGGGAUUCCACAGCGGCAGAUCAACGGUAUUGGAUCAGGGAUCAGUUUUUUGUACGACGCCCAACACAAGUUUAACAUCAUCACUUUGUACUCCACCUACAGGGCAGAGAGAGACCGGGCGCGGGAGGAGAGGUCGAGGGUGGAGAGUAAGGUCUUUUUUCAGGAUGAUGAUGAUGAUGAUGAUGGAGGAGGAAGGCGGAGCUUCAGCGUGGCUCCCCAGUUCCAGGAAGUGUUCCGCUCUGUUAACGGCUUCAUUUACGUGGCUAACGCGGAGACACACACAGCUGUAAGGGAGGAGGAGUUUGCUCAGAUCAGCGCGGCGCUCCAGCCCGUGUUCGGUCCCCCGUCCCGUCCCCUCCUCGUCCUCUCCUGUGUGUCCAGAGACGGAGAGAACCGGAGGACGAGUGUGUGUGUUUCUGUCGCUCAUCAGCUACAACUCAGCCUGCUGCCCAACCCCUGGAUGGUGCAGGACGUUGUGGCUGACUCUCUCUCAGGACUGAUGGAGGGGAUCGGCUGGUUACUCAGACACUCAGGACUCAAAGUCUAGACGACCAGACUGUAUAUCUGUAUAGUUUUAUUCAGUCAUUUUCUCUAAUAACAAACGUGUUCACGUGUGUGUGAGAUGGGACAAUGUAACAUGUUCACGUGUGUGUGAGAUGGGACAAUGUAACGUGUUCACGUGUGAUUUACUGUCUCACACCUGCUGGGUUUUUAUAGAGUUUUUUACUCAGAAUAUUAUUCAUGUUUAUUAUAAACAACAUAUUCAGUUGUCCUCACUGUGUGUGUG